GGACGCUGAAAACGACAAACAAGCACUUGGCAACGAUGGAGGAAUCGUCAAAGCACGUAGUCGUCCUCGUCCUCGGGGACAUUGGCCGCAGCCCACGCAUGCAGUACCACGCUAUCUCGCUCGCCGAGAUGCCGGACACGCGUGUCACCGUCGUGGGCUACGAGGGCGAGCGCUGUGUUCCACAGCUGCUCGCCAAGCCCAACAUCGCGUUGCGAACCUUUGCGCCCAUCGCCGUAUCGCGAAAGCUCUUUGUGCUUUCGGGGCCGCUCAAGGUGCUUCUUCAGCUGUUUCAACUGUUCUGGCUGAUGCUAUUUUGCGUCGGGUCGUUUGACGUGCUUCUCGUACAAAACCCGCCCACCAUCCCGACGUUGUAUGUGGGCUGGCUCUCGUGCAAGCUCAAGCGCGCCAAACUUGUCAUUGAUUGGCACAACAUGGGCUACACGGUGCUUGCGCUCUCGAUUGGCGGUGGACACGUGUUUGUCAAGAUCGCGCGGUGGUUCGAGCGGUUCUUUGGACGCCUCGCCGAUGGCCACUUUUGCGUGACAGAAGCGAUGCAAUCGUGGCUGCAAGACAACUGGGCCAUUUCCCCCGUAGUUUUAUACGACAAACCGCCUGCAUUCUUCCAGCCGACGCCAUUAGACGUCCAACAUGAUCUCUUGGUGCGCCUCGAUGACGCUUUUGCUGCCGCGGCCGACUUGGUGCCAACCAAGCCCAACGCUACGUGGCGCACCGAGCUCCAGGGAUCGUCGUCGUACAAGCUUCGCAGCGACCGCCCGGCGCUCGUUAUUAGUUCGACGAGCUGGACUGAAGACGAAGAUUUUGGUCUGCUCUUUGACGCGCUGGUGCGAUUUGAAGAAGUGGCCAAGGACCGCCGCGACAUCCCUAAUCUCGUUGUCGCCGUCACGGGCAAAGGGCCGCAGAAGGCUAUGUACUUGGAGCGCAUCGCGGCGCUCAAGUUUCAGCGGGUCCGCAUUGUGACGCUAUGGCUGGAAGCUAGCGACUACCCGUUGCUUCUGGGUGCCGCCGACCUCGGCAUAUGCCUCCACACGUCGACGUCCGGCUUGGAUCUGCCGAUGAAGGUUCUCGACAUGUUUGGUUGCCGUGUGCCAGUCUGCGCCGUGGGCUUCAAUUGCUUGAACGAACUCGUCAAGCACGACACUAAUGGUCUCGCCUUUCAGACGAGCGAAGAGUUGUGUGACCAACUCAUCGAGCUCUUGACCGCGUAUCCCAAGAACGAGACCCUGGCGCGAUACCGUGCCAACUUGUCGAACUUCGAGCACUGGCCGGAGAACUGGUCUAACCACGCUGCACCAGUGUUUGAUGCGCUCCUGGUCCCGCGCUGUGGCGAGGCAGAAUAGUUCAACUGUGUCUUUUGCAACGCAGCAAACUGUGCA